UAUAUUACACAAACAACACAGACAGACACAAACCAAAAAUUAAAAAAAAAAGGCAAAGCAUGAACACCACCUCUUCCUCUAAUUUCAUUUCCACAAUUCAGCUUCUUCUUAGAUCUUACUUCCAUUAAAUUCCUAAUCUUUUCAUCUCCAAAAUGUCUUUUUUUAUUAUCAGGAAUCUUGGGGUGUGUUAUGAUUGGUGCUGCAGCUAUCAGAUGAUCCCUGUUUGGAUUUAGCAUACCCAUCUUGUGUUUUUUUAAUCUUCUGAUUGGCCACCAAUCAGAUUAUUUUAUAAGGAGGAAAAGAUGGAAUCAGAUCUUGGUAAGCUCUUUAUUGGUGGGAUUUCUUGGGACACUGAUGAGGAGCGUCUUAAGGAGUAUUUUAGUAAGUAUGGGGAAGUUGUGGAGGCUGUGAUCAUGAGAGAUCGGACGACUGGUCGUGCUCGAGGUUUCGGUUUUGUGGUCUUUGCAGAUCCUGCUGCUGCGGAAAGAGUGAUCAUGGAUAAGCACAUGAUUGAUGGACGCACUGUUGAAGCAAAGAAGGCCGUUCCAAGGGAUGAUCAGCACAUUUUGAAUAGAAACACUAGUAGUAUUCAUGGCUCUCCAGGUCCUGGGCGUACCAAAAAGAUUUUUGUUGGAGGCCUAGCAUCUACGGUUACAGAUAAUGAUUUUAAGAUGUAUUUUGAGCAUUUUGGCAAUAUCACUGAUGUAGUUGUGAUGUAUGAUCACAACACACAGAGGCCAAGAGGCUUUGGCUUUAUCACUUAUGAUUCAGAGGAUGCAGUAGACAGAGUUCUGCAUAAAACAUUUCAUGAACUUAAUGGUAAAAUGGUUGAAGUAAAAAAGGCUGUCCCAAAGGAGCUAUCUCCAGGGCCUAGUCGGAGCCCGCUGAUAGGAUAUAACUAUGGUUUGAGUAGGACAAACAACUUACUUAAUGCAUAUGCUCAGGGAUAUAAUGUAAACUCGGUAGGAGGUUUUGGAAUGAGAAUGGAUAGUAGGUUUAGUCCUCUUGCCAGCGGCCGAAGUGGUUUUCCUCCAUUUGGGACUACGGGUUAUGGAAUGGGUAUAAAUUUAGAGCCAGGGUUAACACCAAGCUAUGGUGGUGGAUCUAACUUUGGUAAUAAUCCGGGGUAUGGACGGAUGUUAACUCCCUAUUAUAGCGGGAACUCAACCAGACAAACUACUCCUAUAGGUUAUGGCAUUGGGAACGCAAGGAACGAUUCUGUUUUAAGCCCAACUACUCGAAAUGUCUGGGGAAAUGGCGGCCUUAGUACCACAACUAAUCCUGCCAGCCCUGGUGCUUUCUUGAGUUCUGGAAGUGGAAAUUUUGGAGUUUCAUUUGGGAACAAUGGAGUUAACUGGGGCCCUUCUCCUAUUUCAGCUCAAGGAGGAGGGAAUGCUUCUGCUUACACGAGUGGGAAUAUGGGGUAUGGGAGCGGUGAUAGCGGCUAUGGGUUUGGAGGGGGAGGAUAUGGAAGAAACAGCAGCUCUGGUGCUGCACCAAAUUCAUCAUUAUCUGGGUCAUCUGGUGCUUAUGAAGGGUCCUACGGAGACUUGUACCGCAGUGGUUCAGUUUAUGGUGAUUCUACUUGGCGGUCCGGCACUCCUGAGCUGGAAGGUACUGGAUCUUUUGGUUAUGGGCUUGGAAAUAUAGCUUCAGAUGUUUCUGCUAAGAAUUCUGAGGGUUAUAUUGGAAGUUAUGGCGUUACUACUAGACAAUCUAAUAGAGGAAUUGCUACCUAGGAGAUCUGUUAAUGGAUGCUACAGGAUAAUUGUAGGUGAGAGGAAUCUGGAUAAACAGGUGACGAGUUGUGAAUUUCACGCAUCUCUCUCCUGAUUAUAUUAAGUUUAUAAGGAACUUGAUCGAUAGAGCUAACGAAGGGUUCUUGAUUUGAGUUAUACACAAUCAGAGUGAAAGCAGUUACAAGGAUUUUGUGUAAGGUUUGAGAUUUGAUUUCUGUUUUCUUCUUUUAAUUAGUGAAAAACUUAGGUUGCUUUCUUGGCAUUUAUAAAUGAGGUGUAAAAUCAUAUUGCGGGAUAUAUACUCAGGAAGAUUGGUUCCAUAGAUAGGUCGUGCAUCUCCGGCGAGGCACGCCAGUGAUAGUACACUUAAAAAAAAAAGAUAGGUAUUAAUUUUUUUGAUUUUUUUCUUUCUUUGGAGUAAUGCCUUGAGAGGUGUUGGUUGGUGUUCUUAUAAUUUUUUUUUCUUAUUUGCAAUUUCUCUUUGUCAGAUUGUAUGUUUGAUCUGCUAGUGUGAAACAUUUAUAAGGGAUUCUGUUUUUAUGCUCCCUUUAAAAUAAGUUACCAAAUAUUCUGAUUCA